AAACUGAUUAUUUUUUCCCCAAAUGCAAUAAAUCCAUUAGGGGUCUACGCUUACUUUUCUUUUUAGAGAAAGUAUAAGUGAUGGAAAGAAAUGGCAUAAGUGCAAUCAAAUUCAUAAACUCUUGUUGAGAUUAAUGUAUUAAAUAUACAAUUUUGAACAUAGAAAUAUUAAAUGAUUUUAAUAACUAAAAAGAAGAUAAAAAUGAAAUACUGCCAGUAGGUGGCGGUAAGUCACUGAUUUAAUUUCUGAAUCAUAUCAUCCAUUUGAUUCGUUCGAACGGCUGAUUAAUUCAGGAAUAAAGCAAGUUUUAUGAAUGGUUAAUUGAUUCAUUGACUCACUAAAAAUGCACGUUCAUUCAUAAACGAUACACCGCUGUGUUUGAACUGUUGUAUUAAAUCAAUAUAUCUUAUUUACAAACUCCCUUAAAAAUCAUUAAAAGCUGUCACUCACGAAAUAAAGUGUUUAAUCUUGCGCACAAAAUGUGUUUUGAAAUAUCAUAUCGUUUUAUAACGAUACUAAUGUGCUGUAUGCUGCUAAACUUUUCUCAAAGACAUUUUUUUCCACUCGCGAUGCGGAACAGACGAGAGCGCUGUGCAAUUAAUGUCACCCCUAAACUUUUUCUUUGAGAGAUAACGUUAUUUCCUUUCACUCGCGAUGCGGAGCAGACUGGAUAGUUUUAUCAAGGAAAACACAGAAAGUAAGUGUUUUACCUCAUUUACAUUAUGUAUAAUAUUACUUUAUGGCCACAUUAAUAUGUUGUGUGCACCUAAACGUUUCUCACAACUUUUUCUCAAAGAUAUUUUCUUUCAAUCACGAUGCGGAGCGGACGGGAAGUUGGUUUUAUCAAGGAAAAAUGUUUUACUUCAUUUACAUUAUGUAUAAUACUACUUUAUGAUAAUAUUAAUAUGCUGUGUGCACCUAAACAUUUCUCAUAGAUCUGAAUUGUUAUGCAGUGCUGAGAUGGAGGUCGCUUUUAACAGGGAAACACUAGAAGUAAAUGUUGUAUGUCAUUUAAAAUAUGUAUUUUAUAACGUCAUAUUGAUUUAUAGUGAUAUUUAUGUGCUGUGCUCUGCUGAACUUUUUCUCAGAGAUAUUUUCUUUCAAUCACAAUGCGGAGCAGACGGGAAAGUUGGUUUUAUCAAGGAAAAUGCCAAAAUGAACAUUCAAGUCUGGAGAGGAAGGAAUUACCAUGGAAAUGGGGCGGAAACUCAACUGUCCAGCAGCAAAACACAUCUCCCACUGUUGUUUUCACAAAUUUCAGAAAUGGUUUAUUGUCUUCAGAAAAAAGUCUGUUAGCAUCUGAACUGUAAUGCUAACUGUAAGAGGUUUUGAAGGCAAUCAUUGGAUGAAAGGAAUUGUCCUGUGGCAUCAGCAGUUUCAGAAAAAAACUUCUACGAUACAGGAAAAGUUCCUGAUUUUAAAAUUUCUGAAGAGAGCUGCUGACAGAGAUAUAAAAAACAGAUUAUGUUCCUAGAAUCUUCCAUGCUAAUGGCCGUGCACCAGAGUUGGAGCGUAUCUCCUGUCGAAAAACAUCUCUAGACAUUAUGAACCAUAUGACUAUGGAUUGAAAGCUCCAACACCAAUUAAGCAGACCUGAGCAGCUGAUCAAGGAUCACCAGAAACUCUGGAGAACUUCAGUACCCAGUCCUUAAUAAGUCCUCAGUACCCAGGACUGGAAACCAGAGUUGUGCUGGAGAAUAAGCAGCCAAGCUAAAGCAUUUAAAGUGGAAUCUUUUGUCGUGGCUCAGAAAUCCAGGAUUGAAAUUUCUGUCGCUCUAUGUCACAGUUUAUGCAACUACCACUUUUGAGCCUCAGAAAGGUAGUAAAGACAGCAUUAAAGUGUGUUUGGUGAAGAUGAAGUGAAGACAUUAUCAGUAAUGGAGGGAGAUUCUGUCACUCUAAACCCUGAUCCUACCAAAAUGAAGGGUUUUUUUCAGAUGGUGUGGAGGUUUGGAGAUAAUGGUCCAUCCAUUGCUGAAAUCGAUGAAAGUAAGAUCUCAUAUAAAGAGGAUGAGAGAUUCAAAAACAGACUACAGCUGAACCAGACUGGAUCUCUGACCAUAAAGAACAUCAGAACCAAACACUCACAGCUUUAUAAAGCAGAGAUCGACCGCAACGAAGGACAAUUGUAUAUGAAGUUCAUUGUUACUGUCAAUGAGCCUCCAUUGGUUAUUGAUGCUGGUGAAGCUGAAACUAAGAGCGUGUCAGUAAAGGAGGGAUAUUCUGUUACUCUUCAGACUGAUAUUACUGAACUACAAGGAGAUGAGCUGAUAGUGUGGAGGUUUGGAGAUGAAGGAAAACUCAUAGCUAAAAGUGACAUAGAGGCAAAGAGCCCACCAUUAUACGAAAACACUGAUGAGAGGUUCAGAGACAGACUACAGCUGAAUGAUCAGACUGGAUCUCUGACCAUCAAGAACAUGAGAAACACAGACUCUGGACUUUAUAGAGUGAAGAUCAGCAGCAGCAAACAGAUGAUAAACAAGAAAUUCAUUGUUACUGUCAUUGGUACAGGUCUGUCUCCAGGCGCUGUAGCAGGAAUAGUUGUUCUGCUGGUACUUGCAGCUGCAGCUGCAGCUGUAUUUGGUGUUUUUUACUAUCGCCACAAGAUCUCUGAACUUGAAAGACAAAAGAGUAUUACAGUGAAGACGAUAACAGACGUUGAGGGAAGUGAUGUUACUCUACACACCGGUAUUGAAAUAAACAAAGAUGUUCGGUUACUGUGGCUGUUUGAAGAUACAAACUCUCUCAUAGCUGAUAUAAAAGGAGGGACCGAAGACAUCUUUAUAUAUGAUAUAGGGAGAUUCAGAGACAGACUGAAGCUGGACAAGAAGACUGGAGAUCUGACCAUCACAAACACCACAACCUACCACACUGGACUCUAUAAACUGAAGAUCAACAGUGAUGAAGCGUCUACAUACAGGAAAUUCAAUGUUUUUGUCAGAGAGAUGACGAGAUUCAUUAACAAGGGAAAGAGUUUCACUUUAUUCACUGCUGCUGAAAUACAGGAGGAUGAUCACAUCUUGUGCACAUUUGAAAAAUGUCUCAUAGCUCAAAUCAAAGAAGAGACCCCUACUUAUAAGCAAGAGGGAUUGGAGCUGGAUGAGACUGGAUCGCUGACCAUCACAAACAUCACAGCUGAACAUGCUGGAAUUUAUGAACUCAUGACCAGCCGAAGGACCUCAUACAGGAAAUUCAAACUUGUUGUAUGUGAUGAGUUAGUGCCAGCGACUAAAGGAGGUUCUGUCACUCUAAAGGCUGGUCUUCCUGAAAUACAGAAAAACGAUCAGAUACUGUGGAUGUUUGAAGGUCAUGACUUUCCCAUAGCUGAAAUCAAAGGAGGAACCGGAGAGACCCCUACAUAUGAUGAUGGUCCUGAUGGAAGAUUCAAAGACAAACUGAAGCUGGACAUGAAAACUGGAGAUCUGACCAUCACAAACAUCACAGCUGAACAUGGUGGACGUUAUAAACUGCUGACUAGCAGUGGUAACAGGGCCACAAGCAAGAGAUUCGAUGUUUCUGUAAGAGAAAAGCAAGUGGAUGAAUCAGAAAUGGUGCUGUUGGAUGAAGAAGAUCCUGAUGUAGUGAAUGAGGUGAUAAGUUUACGCCCAAGAUAAGAUGCGCCCACCAGUGCCAGCUACUUUGUCAUCAUUAAUAACAUAUUUUUCUUUUCCCUCCUCUUGAAUCCGUCCAGUAAAAGUGAGAAAUUAAAUUAGCUAGUGUAAAAAGCUUGUGUUUGAUUUUAGAUGUUUAAUGUUACAUUUCAUACCAGUUACCCUCUUAGCAGUUUAACUCUCACAGCUUUGGUAUUGUGUGAUCAUAGUGAGCAUCAGAAAUGUCAUAUAGGCAUGUUAACAAGUGUGAACCACAGCAGUAUUUCUCUAACUAUUGCAUGUGUUAUUUUAUAUAAUACUAAACACCAAUACCAGCUUGAUGUUCAUUUUCGGCUUUGAUCAGUAUCUGUAAAGCUGAGAUCACAUGACCUUCUCCUAAGUGUAAAAAUUCAUCAGUAUUUAGUAUUUUACUAUUAAUUUCAUUUGACUUGUAAACUUAGUACAUUUUGUCUGUGAUAAGUAAUUAUUCUUAAAUAUGUUCUCCAAAUAUAUGCUUUGAAGUGAGUCUGCUUCUCUGAAUGAAGUGCUUUUGUAUUCAUGCUGAAGCACUUAACUUUAGCCUUAUUGCACAUUCAGCCAUCACUUCUUGACAGCUUGAAAAUUAAAAGGUCAAAUUGUGUGAAAUUGUUGUGUUUGGGGUAUGACUAAUCUUCAUACUACAAAUCUUUAGUGUCUGAACUAUUCUUGGUAUACAUGGUAAUGAAAGUAAGGCUGCAAAGCUAUGACUGCUUCACUCAACAGUUCAGUGUAUCACUGUGUAUAUACAGUUCAGCCUAUAUCACUGCUCAACAGGUCUAUUGCACUUACUUGGCAAGACUUGUCAGACAUUGCAAUUUCAUAUCAGUUGAAUAUAUCUUAUCAUUCAGUGUUCAAUACCUCAUUUUAUGCUUUGUCAACUGUGUGCUGACUCUUCUUAUUUUAAAUUUUGAAAGUCGCUGUACUUUACUGAGGGUUCAAAAUUUUAUAGUGAGCAUUUUUGCAUUGUAUUUGUACAUACUUCACACUGUUAUGCCUUACAUGAUCCCUUUUCAAUAAUAACUUACCUGAAAGCAUUGGAUGGUUAUUUUCACUUUUAUUUUUUUCCUAUACAAUAUAUGACCAAUUUAAUUAGGCCAAGUGUUACAGUCUGGUGUGUCUAUGUGAGAUACUCUACUGAUAUACUGCUGAUUUUAGUCCCUGUUGAAAAAUACAGCAUAUGCUGGUUAGGUAGGUUUUGAUGCUGGGAUGCUGGUUUUAGCUGAUCCUUAGCUGGUUUAAGCUGGCUCUUCGCUGGUUCUUAGCUGGUUUAAGCUGGUCCUG